AUGCCUAAGAAGAAUAUUGUGUCAUGGAUUAGUAUGAUUUCAGGGUACAUACAGGAUGGGUUGGCAAGCGAGGCAUUGAGAUUGUUUGAUGAAAUGUUGAGUGAUGACUCAGAGGUGAAGUCCAAUUGGGUGACAGUUAUGAGUGUUUUGCCUGCAUGUGCACGUUCAGCUGCACUUGAUUGGGCGAGGAAGAUUCAUGCUUCUGCUAGGGAGAAAAUGUAUACUGAAGCUGGCAUAUGUGAAGAAGUGAAUCAUUUAAGGGCUCUUUUGAAAUCACAGGGCGUAAAGAAAAAUCUCGAUUGCAGUUGGAUUGAGAUAAAUGGGAAAGCUCAUUUGUUUCUUAGAGGAGAUACAUCACAUUCACAAUCUAAGGAAAUUUAUAGGCUAUUGGAGGAACUGCCUGAGAAGAUAAAGGCGACUGGUUAUUGA